GCAAAGCGGCAUUGUUUACUUGACACAGCAUGGCGAUGGAUCGAGUCCUGUUGUGGUUUGGUCUAGUGGCCCUAGUCACUUCAUACACUAUACCUGUUUCCCCUGAGGUACACGAGGUGUACGAGAAUGGCGAGGACGAAAACCCCAUGCUAAACCUGGGAUCAGACGCCAACCUGCUUGAAGGGGACAUUUUAAUUCCAGAAGGAAGGAACGCACUGAUUGACAAAAGUUACAGAUGGAAAUUUCCAAUUCCCUACAUUCUGGGUGAUGAUUUGGAUCUAAACGCCAAGGGCUGCGUCCAUCAGGCUUUCGAAAUGUAUCGGCUGAAGUCUUGCAUCGACUUCAAGCCGUAUGAGGGAGAGAAGACAUUCAUAAAGUUUGAAAAGAGAGGAGGGUGUUUCUCCAGGGUUGGUGACCAGCAGACCGGCCAGAUUCUGUCUCUGGGGUCCGGCUGUGACCACAAGGCCGUGAUUGAACACGAGCUGCUCCACGCUCUGGGGUUUUACCACGAACAGUCCCGCACGGACCGGGACGACUACGUCGACAUCUGGCUGGAUCAGGUGACGCCGGGACUCGAACACAACUUCAACAAGUACAACGAUGACUACAUCACCGACCAAAACACGGCGUACGACUACGAGUCCAUCAUGCAUUACAGGCCGUUCUCCUUCAAUAAGAACGAAUCCAUCCCCACCAUCACCACCAAAAUCCCAGAGUUCUACAACAUCAUUGGCCAGUACCUAGACUUCAGCGCGAUGGACUCCCUCAGGCUCAACCGGAUGUACAACUGCUCUGCACCCCUCACCCUGUUGGACCAGUGUGCCUUUGAGUACGCCAGCAUUUGCGGGAUGAUCCAGGCCUCCAACGACGAUGCUGACUGGGUCCAUACCAAGAGCAGUGUGGGUUCAGAGGAUCACACCCUCCUGGGAAAAUGCAGAGAUGCUGGGUACUUCAUGCACUUCAGCACCAUGGCUGGGAAGCCCCAGGAGUCUGCAAUGCUGGAAUCCCGAACCCUCUACCCCAAGAGGAAGCUUCAGUGUCUGCAAUUCUUCUACAAGAUGACCGGAAGCUCAAGCGACAGGCUGGUGAUCUGGGUCAAGACAGACGACAGCACAGGCACCGUUCGUAGAAUGAAGAAAAUACAAACUUUUUAUG